AUGUCAACCCUUCGAGAGCAUGGCAGGACUAGGAUCAUUCAAUCCAUCUCCAUCUCCAUCUCCUCAUUUAUCUCACUAGAAACCCCCGGCCUGGCAUUUCUUGUCCACCUCAUCGAGAGAGAGAGAGAGAGAGAGAGAGAGAGAGAAAUAGAAAAAUGCUGGGGGAGAAAGAAUGGGGCAUCUUCGAUCAAUCUAUCGCUCUCCACAAUCACAUUCUCUCUCCUCCGGCGGCGACGAACGCCCCAUUCGCCCAAAUCAUCCAUCCGAUACAAACGAUGGAUUUCUUCUCGAUUUCUCCCGGAUUCAGCCGCUACGGAAGCUGAAAUUCAUGUACGAAAUCGUCUCAUUCUUCGUUCGAUACAAACGGCGAAGAACAUCUUCCGAGGAUCCUUCUCCGGACGCCGCGGCAUGCUCGGCUUCGAACCACAGCCGUCGUUCGAUUCUAGCAAGUGA